GCUCAUCGUGUUGUAUUGGCGGUGUGUGAUUACUUUUGCGCCAGCUGUUCACUGUGAUGCCAUGCGGGAACUCAUCAAUCUGAAAUGUAAAACUUAACGGUUAUUAACGCUCAUGGUAUGGAGCUGCUGCUGAAUAUGCCUACACUCAAAAAAUUGAAAUUAGAUCGAAAUAAUGGCAAGAUGUUUUAUCUGUAUCGACGCAUAUCCAGAUAAAGCAUUGACGCCUGUUCAAUUUCUGUAGUCACAAAAUUGAUUUGGAUAAUUGUGUUGCAAUCGCGCGUUGGCGGACUUGUGCACUCUUGGGCCUCAAAAGGGCCUACCCUACAUGUGUUCAAGACUGAUGAGUUUGCGCAAACACCGGAUUUAUUAAGUCUCACAUUGGAUCAUCAUUGAACAUGUACUCGCUUUGCAUUGCGGUGGAUUGCUUCAGAACAAAGAGUUCUCGAAUAGUAGCUGAAUAUUGUUUGAACUGAUCUAAAAGCCAGAGCUGACAGACGUAUCUUUGAAAGGUACAAUUUAUCAAAUCGGUGCGUCGCUGAAUGCCAUUAAGUCCAAAUGGAAUGCAGAACCUGAGACCGAACUCGUUGCUUCGGUCUACUACGGAUGUUGAGUAAACAUUACUAAGAAAAUGUGAAGUUGCGGUUAUCCGAUGCUUAUGCAGAUGAUUUACUUUCCGCGGAGGUGUUAACGAACACUCGUGGCAUGGAGUUGGCCUUGGUAAAGAUUGGGGGCUUCGAAACAAAUGGGCUAACAAAUCGUAUCAGUUGUUAUCUACCAUCAAAAGGCAAAUGGGAGAGUCUCACCGUUAUUCCACACAUCGAACAAUGCAACUAUGGUACAGCAGUGCUGGGCAACGAUUUGUAUGUAGUAGGGGGCUCAUAUGAUGUCUGUCUCAAGGAGUAUAUACAUCCAUUUGGCUUUCGUUACUGUCCCGCCAAGAAUAAAUGGAAAAGUAUUGCGCCAAUACAAGCGGACCGUUGUCGUUUUUCCCUAAAUGCCAUGGGUAGUCAUUUUCUAUAUGCGGUGGGCGGAGUUUGUGAGCUAAACGAAAAUGAUGGCGGCGCCGAACUGUGGGCACACGAUAUGACAGUUUCAAAUUGUGAACGUUACGAUGCCAAUACCGAUCGCUGGGAGUACUUGCCUGCGUUGUCGGAAAAUCGUAGUCAACAUGCGGGUGUUGUCUUGGGUGAUCAGUUGUAUAUAUCGGGUGGCAUAGACCGGCACAUUGUACUUGCCUCACUUUGGAGAUUCGACACGAAAUCUAACACAUGGCAUAAACUCUGCCCAAUGCCAACACCUCGCGCCGAUCAUGUGCUUAUUGUUUUCGAUGGUCGUAUAUAUGCGUUCGGCGGUUGGUAUGAGGAUCCAGUGACUGAAAUGCGAGUAUUAGCUGAUGCGGUGGAUGUAUAUGACGUAACAACCGACCAAUGGAUAACAGAAUCACGAAAUCCAAUGCCUAAGUAUUACACCGGCGUAGCAGCUGUCAAACGAAAAGUUUACUUUAUCGGCGGUUUACUCUCAACGGCAACCAUUAAUCGCGCCACAUCCGCGGUACAGUCGUACGACUUGGACACACAGCAAUGGGCCUUCAGUUCGGAGUGGGAGUAUCCAAAGGAGGUGUGGGAAAGUACUUGUGCGGCUUUUUAUGUGCCACGGGAACGUGAUAAUGUAAAGUACUACUGGGACGAUGUGUGAGCAAGCAAGAAUUUAUUUAAUUUUGGUAGUGUGGUAGUCAAGAAAUAAAGAUAUGUGUUUAAAGCUUAUUAAAAAAAAAAAAAGAAUUAAAAAUGAGCACUAAAAUAAUUAUUUUUUAUUAUUACCAAUUUUGCAAACUUUUUAUAAAAAUUACCUCAUGAAAUUAUAUUUUUUACCCAAGCGAAAUUAGACCAGUGAAGGUACGUAAAAACGUAGAACUCAAACUGAAUUAAAUGUUUCUAAAAUAAAUAGUAAUAUAUGAAUUUGUGAUCUAUAGCGUUGCUGCGUUCGUACAUAUGUAUAUAUAUUUAAAGAAAAACACACGAAAUCUAAGUGCAAUUUGUUCAGAGAGCAUACAUCGAAAAUAACAAAGAAUCUCAAAAUUAAAAGUAAAAAAUUAUAACUUUUAUGAAUUUUAAGAAAAAUUUCAGCUUGUGGAAAAUUUUAUUUUAUUACUGCCUUUAGAUUUUAUCCUCACUCAUUAGAAUUUAAUGUACGAGUAUAUUUUUAGUUUUGUUACAUGAAGAAAAUAAUAACGUCAUAUUACUCAUAUCUACAUACAUAUGUAAGUAAUUAAUAUUGUAUUUAAUUGUUCUUAACUCUUUGUCAUUUUUAUAUUUUUAUAAUCCUGGCAGCGCCAAUAUGAAAUAAAUUAAUUUCAAAUACCAUAUGUAAACUAAUCAGAUGAACUCUAACAAUAUGUGUAUAUAUGUAUAUCUAUAUACGCACUUUAUUGAAUACGAAAUAUAAUUGAAUUGAGCAAAAAGCGAAUUAUACGAAA